AUGGCUUAUUCUGCAUUAGCAAAUGUGAAUGCAGUGAUUGGAUUGUAUACAUCAUUAUUUCCUACUUUAGUUUAUGUUAUAUUUGGCACAUCAAAACAUAUCAAUCUUGGUAUGUUUGCAGUUGUAGCAUUAAUGACAGGUAAUGCAUUGGAACGUAGAAUGGAAGAUAUAUUUGAUAAAAAUACCACUGAUUUAUACAAUUUACAAAUGAUUGAUAAUACUAUUUUAACUGUUCGAUUGAUGGCUACGCUAACAUUUACUGUUGGUUUCGUUAUGGCAAUUUUUGCCAUUCUACAAUUGCAUUUUCUUACUGUUUAUUUGGCUGAUCCAGUGGUUGGUGGUUUUACAAUUGGUGCAGCAUGUCAUGUAUUUGCAUCACAAAUGCCAAAAUUAAUUGGUAUUCAAAUACCAUCAAGAUAUGGUCCAUUUGGUCUUUUCAAAUUACCAUAUUUUCUAUUCGAUUUUGUGACAUUACUAAAGGAUGCAAAUUUAUGUGUGGUAAUCAUAUCAGUAAUUUCAAUUGUUAUUUUGAUGCUUGGAAAAUAUAUUUUAAAUCCAUCAAUACAGCAACGAAUUCGAAUACCAAUGCCAUUUGAACUUUUUGUGAUGAUACUCGGCACAUUGAUGACUUAUAUGCUGGAAUUAAAUGUAAAACAAAAAGUUGCUAUUGUUGGAUUUAUACCAUCAAAGUUACCAAUGCCAACACUACCAGAAUUCAAAUAUUUUAGUGCAUUUAUUUUGGAUGCAUUAGUAAUUGCUAUAGUAAUCUAUUCGUUUACAGCAUCUGUAGGUAAAGUAUUUGCGAAAAAACAUGGAUAUCAUAUUAAUCCAAGUCAGGAACUGAAAGCAAUUGCACUAUGUCAAUUGAUAGGUGGCAUUCUAAGUUGUCAUCCUGCAAGUGCAAGUUUAUCACGUGCUCUUUUAAAUUCAGAAUUGGGUGCCACUUCUGAGCUUUCAAGCGUUGUAGCUGCACUUGUAGUACUUUUGGUCAUUUUGUUGGUUGGACCAUUGCUGUACUAUUUGCCAACGUGUGUAUUGGUAUCAGUAAUAGUGGUAGCUCUACAGGGAAUGUUUCUAAGAGCUAAUGAAGCUGUUCACUAUUGGAAAACUUCAAAAAUUGAUUUGCUUAUUUGGUUAAUAAGUUUUCUGGGUACAUUUCUAUGGAAUGUAAGUGAAGGUCUUGGUGUAGCUAUAAUAUUUGCUAUUUUAACUGUUAUCAUUCGUACACAAUGGUUUGAAUUUGCCAAAGCUGUAACACUUGGUGAAAUUAAAGAUACCGAGCUAUAUAGAGACAUUUGUCGUUACAGUGAAUCAUUAGUAUCACCAACGAUUGUGAUUUAUCGCUAUGAUGCACCUUUACUUUUUCUCAAUAGCGAUUUAUUUAUCAAAAAAGCUCUUGCUAUUGUUGAUGAUAAAAUGAAAAUGUUAAAUGAAAGCGAAACACUUUAUCUGAUCAUUGAUGCUUCGGGAUUUACAUGCAUUGAUUAUACCGGAAUUGAAAGAUUGAAGGAUUUAUCGCAGGAAUUGAGAAAUCGUAAUGUUGAAAUAUUUAUGGCUGCCUCAAAAGCAGAAGCUCGAAUAUUAUUUGCCAAAUGUAAUAUCUAUGAAGUGAUUCCAUCGAUAAAUUUCUUUCCAUCCAUUCAUGAUGCAGUAUUAUUUGCUAAUAAUGCUCAACAGAUAAAACAAAAGAAGAAUAUUUGCAAAGAACAGAAAUAA